AUGUAUCACAGCAGGAUUACUCAAUUUCAGGCUGAAGAUUGCCUAAGUGCAUUCGGUGGUACUACACCGGAGCUUGUGGUGGUAGCCUCAAAGGCGUGGCAGUUGGAAGAUGCAGAUGUCGUUAAGAAACACCUUUCUGGUUUGCUCAGUGAUGGAGCGCCUGUGCUUAGUAUUCAAAACGGCAUUGGAGCUGUUGAUGCGUUAUCGGUCGUGAGCGAAAAUAUCUUCCAGGUGAGUGACGUAUCUUACCGUUUCAAAGCGGUUACCAACAUUGGUUGCAACCCACCCCGGCCUGGCGUGUUGGAGGUCAACGUCUUACCUGGCAUUGAGGCGUGGAUGAAGCUUAUCCCCCCGAAGAGUAUCUCUGAGCACGCAGAUGACAAUCUCCCUCGAUUACUAUCAGCGUGUUUCAAGGACGCCCAGGUUCCCUGCAAUGUGCCAGAUGCUGUUGAUGAUGAUGAAGCUCAGCAGAUGGUUUGGGACAAACUAAUAGUAAAUGUCGCUAUUAACCCGGUGACUGCCAUUUUUGGGGUUCUGAACGGCGAAAUUUUGGAUAAUUCUCAACUAUUCUCCUUGGCAUCUGCGGCACAUGAGCCUAAAAUGUUCACCCGAAUCAACACAAUGCACUAG